UUCUGUUGGCUCGCUAGGCGCACGCACGCCUGCAGCCGCCGCCUCUUCCGCAGCUCCCGCCAUCCGCAUCAGGCUCAGGCCGUUCCGAGCCCUAGAGGGAGGCGGCGCCGCCGCGGCCGAGUUCGAGUGCGUCCUGCCCCCUAUCAAGCUCCCCUGCCGCGUCUCCCAAUCCACCCUAGGCCGCCGCACAUCCAGCUCGCGCGGCCCCCUCCUCACUGCGCCGCGGCGGCCGUUGCCCCAACGCCCCUCCGCCCCUGCAUCCUACCGCCGCGAAGCCUCCGGCCCUCUCCUUCCCCACCCCUCUGCAGCCCCGUGUCCAAGAGCAGGCCCCUACCGUCGUAAUUUCGUGUUCUUCGCUAACGCCACCUCGGCAACGUCUUCUUCUUCUCCGCAAUGCCCAAAAAAAAAGUGGACGAUGUCACCAAAUUGAUAAGGAGGACUGAAUAACCAAGCUCAAAAGUCCCAUCAAAGGGAGAACAAGCAAACUGCAGAAAGCAUUGUUGCAUCAUUUAGGCCUUCUAUUUCUCUCCGUGGAGUUCUCUGAUAGAUGGUUCACGUUUGCCGUCGACUGUAAGUAUGGAUCUUGCUCCUUUCAAGCUGGAUAUUGAUGAGCUACUAGAUGAUUAUGCCAAGGAAAAUUGUACGUCAUUCACCGAUUUCAAGAGAGUGUGGAUGGCCAAGAAGUUUUCUUAUAUCUUUGAAGGCCGACCCAAGACGAAUUCAGGCGUUUUUAUGCAAUCCCUCUUUUUGCAUUGUAUUGGCCAUAUGACUUCCCAAAGUUCUCUACUUCAGAGGUUGCCUGGGCUUUACUGCCUUUACUGCCUUUAUGAGUGCCAACCAUACAAGCCACACUACAAAAUUUAUCUGUCUCUUGAGGAGUCCAAGAAACUCAAAGACUUUGUCAUUGAGGCUAAGCAGAAUGGGCUUGCUCUUGUACCAGCACUUGUCAAAAGGAUGCUAGACAAAGGCAUGUUUCUGUUUGGGUUCAUAAAUUUGCUUGGUGACAAUGAGGCAAAGGAGGUUGAUGAAAUGAAUGCAUCCCAGAAUAAACGGGUGAAAUUUGCCUGUGACAAGUUGUUUGCAAAUACUCAAAUAGGGAGUUACAUGCACACAGACUUGGGAGUGGAGUUUGAACUUGACAGCAUCAAGAAACUGUCAAUGGACUACGCUAAAGCCAAAGAAUCAGCCUUUGCAGAGGCAAGCCAAACUGUUGAUGUGGAAGAUGCCAAGCACAUCCUUCAGAAUGACAAACUGCUGGGUGACAAGGUAGAGGAAAUCGUCAAAGAGUGGGAUGCCCAGAAGGAAGAGUUCUACCAGAAAACAGGUGUAUCUCCCCAUGAUGAACUGGCGGUGGUUGACAACGACGAAUCUGGAGAAUUCCAUGACGAAAACGAAACCGACGCCUUUGAUGAGUUAGAACAGCUGCUGCUGGAAUGAGGGGAGCAUCCAGUAGCCUGUGAAUGACUGAAGAACUACUACCCUGCUCAUGCCAUUUUGUCACGGCAUGGAAUCGACAUUGGGCUGACUCGGCAUGCCCAAAAUAUUCUUGAAAGCAUUUUUUGUCGCAACAUGUCUGAAGCAAAAAAAUUGUAUGUAGUUCUAUUUUGGUUGGAUGAAAUGUUGCCUGAUGUACAUAUUUCCAUGGAACAAAUUGGGUUUCCUAAUUCAGGAAAUGUUGCAUUUUUGCAUGCUUCUAUUGA